GAACAUUUGCUGUUGUGGAAGUUGAUCGUGCCCAACACAGUAAAGUGACGUGGAGAGCUCGAAAAUGGCAAAGCGCGUCUAAAACUUUGUGAACUAUGAUAAGACUCGUCAACGCGUAAGAAUAGUCUGCUACGAUAGUGAUCAAAUACGGGCUUUUAUUUUCAUUCGACCUGUAAAUCUUUGAAAAUCGUCAAGGAAGAAGGAGUUAAGUACACACAGAAAGCUAACCAACUAUUUAGCAAGCUAACAGGACCAGCCUCCCAGCGCUGUUAAGUGAGCGUUAUGCAAAGUAAAUAUUUUACGAUCACCUGUGCGGCAUCAUGAGAGCCUACGGCAGGACUUGACUGACGAAUAUUGGACAAUAUAUUUUUGACAACAGAUAACUAGCAACAUAUUUUUUGUGGCGAAUCUGCGACGUAUCAUCUCCUGUCAAGAUGGGUUCUUUUCUCCGGGGUGACGAGAUGUGCUUGGCUCAGUUGUUUCUACAGUCCGGCUCUGCCUACGACUGUAUCAGUGAGCUUGGAGAACUGGGGCUGGUGGAGUUCAGAGACCUCAAUCCCAAUGUGAACGCAUUCCAGAGAAAAUAUGUGAAUGAGAUCAAAAAGUGUGAAGAGAUGGAGCGCAUUCUUGGAUACCUUCUGAGGGAAAUAAAAAAAGCUGACAUUUCACUGCCCGACAGAGACGUAAACCCUGUGGCUCCUUCACCCAAGAAUGUCAUGUCAAUUAUGGAACAGCUGCAGAGAUUUGAGCUGGAAUUGGGUGAAGUCACAAGGAAUAAAGAGAGGCUCCAAAAGAAUCUGCUGGAACUAACAGAGUACACGCACAUGCUGCGGAUCUCCCGGGACUUUGUCCAGAGACCUAUUGAGAGAGAACCGCUGCAAACCCAAUACGAAGAGUUUCCCUUCCUAGAAAAAGACACCGUGAUGGACUAUAGCAGCAUGCAGCGACUUGGAGCCAAACUGGGUUUUUUUUCUGGACUGAUUCAACGGGCAAAGAUCGAAGCCUUUGAGAGAAUGCUUUGGAGAGUAUGUAAAGGUUACACCAUUCUCAGCUACGCGGAAGUUGAAGAGUAUCUACAAGAUCCUGACAAAGGUGAGGCUGUCAAAUGUGUCGUGUUUCUCAUCUCUUACUGGGGAGACCAGAUUGGCCAGAAGGUGAAGAAGAUCUGUGAUUGCUACCACUGUCACUUGUACCCAUACCCCAAUAGCAAUGAGGAGAGGAUUGAUGUCAUGGAGGGACUGAAAACUCGAAUUCAGGAUCUACACACAGUGCUUCAUCGAACUGAGGAUUACCUGAAACAGGUUCUGGUCAAGGCUUCAGAGUCUGUCCACAGUUGGGUGGUCCAGGUCAAAAAGAUGAAGGCCAUCUAUUAUAUCCUGAACUUGUGCAGCUUUGACGUGACGAAUAAGUGUCUGAUCGCGGAGGUUUGGUGUCCUGUCAGUGACAUUCCCACGCUGCGGAGAUCUCUGGAGGACGGAUCGAAAAAAAGCGGAUCAAACAUCUCCUCGUUCGUCAAUCGUAUCCCCACAACCGACACUCCUCCCACCCUGAUAAGGACCAACAAAUUUACCUCUGGCUUCCAGAACAUAGUGGAUGCGUAUGGUGUGGGGACGUACAGGGAGGUAAACCCUGCUCCUUUCACAGUCAUCACUUUUCCGUUUUUGUUUGCUGUGAUGUUUGGGGACCUGGGCCAUGGAGCCAUCAUGGCUCUGUUUGCCGGCUGGAUGGUGUUUUAUGAGAACAACCGCAAACUUAAAAACACCAGGAAUGAGAUCUGGAACACGUUCUUUGAGGGCCGUUAUAUCAUUCUCAUGAUGGGCAUCUUCUCCAUCUACACUGGUCUUAUAUACAAUGACUGUUUCUCAAAGUCCCUUAAUAUAUUUGGCUCUGGGUGGAGUGUGAGACCCAUGUUCCAGACUGGAGAGUGGACGAAUGACGUUCUUCGUGGGAAUCAUUUCCUCACCCUGAAUCCUAACAUUGCAGGAGUUUUCACAGGGCCGUACCCUCUGGGAAUCGACCCGAUAUGGAACCUGGCCUCCAAUCGUCUUACAUUCCUGAACUCUUACAAGAUGAAGAUGUCUGUGAUAGUGGGCGUCAUUCACAUGAGCUUCGGUGUCAUCCUCAGCACUUACAAUCACGUCUACUUUAAGAAGAAGUACAACCUUUACCUGGUCUUUCUGCCUGAGCUCCUGUUCCUGUUGUGUCUGUUCGGUUACCUGGUGUUCAUGAUAUUUUACAAGUGGCUGGCGUUCUCUGCUGAAGACUCCAGUAAUGCGCCAAGCAUUCUCAUACACUUUAUCAACAUGUUCCUCAUGCAGGGGGAGGAGGUGCAGCCCCUCUACACCGGACAGCACGGACUGCAAGUGUUCCUGGUGGUCAUUGCUGUCUUUUCAGUGCCUGUUCUUCUUCUUGGGAAACCACUUUACCUUUACUGGCUUCAACACGGACGCCAGCACCUUGGAAUGUACAGGGGUUAUGAGCGUGUGCGACGCAGCAGUGAUGAGGAGCUCUACCUGCUGAGAACUCACGAUGAAGAGGAGGGCAGCAGUUACAGCGAUCUUUCUGGCAGUGGAGAGAAAACCACAGAGCAGUUCAACUUGGCAGAUGAGUUUCUUCAUCAAGCCAUCCACACUAUAGAGUAUUGCCUGGGUUGUAUCUCCAACACGGCGUCCUACCUGAGACUCUGGGCUCUGAGUCUGGCUCAUGCUCAGCUGUCUGAAGUCCUCUGGACCAUGGUGAUGAGGGUGGGGCUACGCAUGGACACCGCUCUUGGAGUUUUAUUUCUAGUUCCAGUGUUUGGUCUGUUUGCUGUUCUCACGGUGUCCAUCCUCCUGGUGAUGGAGGGACUGUCUGCAUUCCUUCACGCUCUUCGCCUUCACUGGGUGGAGUUUCAAAAUAAGUUCUACAGUGGGACUGGAGUCAAGUUUUGCCCCUUCUCCUUUUCUGCUCUGCCCUCCAGUUUUGAGAAUGACGGUUUACUAUGAAAAGACUGAAUCUACUGACAGCUCAUGAAUGGAGCCAAGGCCGGCGAGUUCUGUGCUGCAACGAUGUGAUAUUAAUGAUUACUUUCAUUUUUAAACAGUUUUCAAAACCAGAUGUUUUGUGAGUUUUUGAAAGCUUAAACACUGCCUUCCCAACAGGAUCACAAAGAUGAGAUUUUGUUUGUUUCGAAUGAAUGUAUAAAAUGUAUUUUUUUACUAGGACGGAGAUAAUUACGGGCUACAAUAGAGCGGAAUUUAAAUAAUAUUUUCUGGUAUUUCUAUAUAAAUGUGCUAUUUGAAAAGUAUUAUUUUAUUUCUGUAAUAGACAAGCGUGAAGCCUAAAACGAUUUUUGCACAAAAAACUGUCUGAAGGAUACAUUUAAAUUUUGUUCUUUAAAAGCUACAGAUUUUCUCCAAGUUUAGUAUUUUUUAACGACUAUUCUAGAACUGAAUUAAUUUCACACAGUGGCUUAUUUUGCAUUCUCACCACCUGGUAGGAAAAUAACGGUUUCUUUGUCUUAUGAAAGAGGUACACUAGAUAAAUAACUCAAAAUAUUCCUCCAGUGAUUUCCCAGAGUACCUGUAACUCAGUUUAGUCCAAUAAAAGUGAAAACAUUGUUGUAAUUUGGGGAAACGGAAGACGUUUUAUGCAUUUGUGAGAAAAGGUUUCUGUCGCAAAUUCCAUUCCUUUGUUCUUCAGUUUCCAUCUGCAGUCUUCUUUUUGUAUGGAGAUUUGUCUUUUACUGUUUGCAACAUCUUCUUGUUAAGGGGAAAAAAAUAUUCUUUUAAGAUUUUUGGAGCAUAAACUCUCACAAUCUCACACCCCUCCAAACGGUUUUUCUUUGCUACCACACAGUUUUGCAUCUUCCUGCUUCCUCAGGUAGUUUUUUGCUCAUGUUUCAUUAGGGUGGACCUGAAGCUGCUGCUGUCUCCGCUUUAGGGAAAAUUCUUGUUGCUACAGUUUUCCGUGCUUCAGUUUUGUUGGAGGUUUUCACACAAAUGCACUCGCUUGUAUAAUGCAGAUUACCUUAUUAUCUUAUUCUGCAGCACUUAAACUCUAUUUCUUUUUUACUUCUCCAGUUGUUCAGUUGGGUCAGGAUGUUUGUACUUAAAUAGCAUUUUUUAAACAUCAAAAAGGAACUAUUGAGUUUGGGGACAUAAUUUAAGGCCAGACCAUUUAUCUAAAAAAAAAUGUUUCUCUUACUUCCAAAGAUGAGAAUUGGAAUUGAUUUCGGGAUAUUUUUAUUUCUUUUUUUGUGUCCAAGGGAAUCGAUUGUCCUCACUGCUGUUAGUGAUGUGAGGUUUUUUACUUUCAAAUUCGUUUUUAUUCCCCUGAUAUAUUUCUGAUAACCAAUUUAGGCAUCAAAUCCUUGUCUAAGAAUUGGUUAAAAAAAUUAAUAAAUUAUUUUUGCUGAAA